CUACUACUAAUAAUAAUAAUAAUGAUCAAUUAAUACAGUCAUAAAAAACAGGUGGAAAACCUUUAAAUACAAACCAAAAGAUACAAAACCAUGUUUGUUAUCACACAUCUGUGAAUAUUGUGAGCAGUCAAACCCUUAUUAAAAUCUCCUGCCCUAAUUUAAACAUUUCUUUCAUUAAAUAAAAAUAAAACAUUCAUUUCUAUCACAACUACAAACACAUCAAUAGCAGUGUAAAAGCUUUGUAGUACAAUAUUCACUUGUGUAUGCUUAAAUUAUAUUAUCUGUUUUAACCACUCUACACACAAGCUUAAAGGAUACUGCUUUCAAAAAAAGUGUUCAAUCAAAUGGCCAAUCUCCAUUAGAACUUAAGUCCAGUAGACAAUAAUGUUUUACAACCAGCACUUGCCCGCACUUAACCAUAAACAAACAUCAAUAGUCUUCCAUACUCAGACCAAUAAACCAGUGUUUCCCAACCACUGUGCCGCUGCACAUAGGUGUGCCGUGAGAGAUCGUUAGGUGUGCCAUGGGAAAUUAUUUCAUUUCAAUUAAAUAAAAAAUGCAAUUUAAUAAUUACUUUGCCCAAACAGACACAGUUACUUCAACAGGCUUUGACAUCACCAAGCAUGUUACACUAGUCCCUCCGUUUCGAGAGGCUGAGGUUGAUUCUUAUUUCAGCGCUUUUGAGCGUAUAGCAGCCACAUUGAAUUGGCCUAAGGAGUUUUGGGCGCUGCUACAGUGUAAGUUAAUCGGCAAGGCUCCAGAAGUAUGUACUAGCCUUUCCGUUAACGACAGCCUCCAAUAUGAUAUUGUGAAAAAAUCCAUUCUGCACACGUAUGAACUAGUCCCUGAGGCUUACCGUCAGAAAUUUUGUAAAAGUGAAAAGACCGCUGAUCAAAUUUUUGUGGAAUUUGCCCGUGAGAAACGUCACUUCUUUGAACGCUGGAUGCAAGCAAGCAAAGUGAAGGAUAUUGAGGGAUUAAAGGAAGUGCUUUUUGGAGAAUAAUUUAAAAAGCGUCUCCCUGAUCAGUUAUUUGUUUAUUUAAAUGAACAGAAGGUGACGUCCCUGGCGAAAGCAGCAGAUUUAGCGGACGAAUUUCCCCUCACACAUAAAACCAUUUUCCCAGCUGGGGUAGCACGAGAAGUGAGGGGAAGGCAGGAAAAGAGAAUAAAACCUCCUAAACAGGCCCGAAAGGCGAGACAGGAGGAAACUGAAGGCGGGAAUGUUUUUAUUGCCAUGAGUCUGGUCACCUGAUUGCCCGUUGUCCUGCGCUGUGGAAGAAAGAGCAGCGCAGAGGGUCUAAGGGACCCGUGGGGCUCAUUAAAGUAGUUUCCCCACCUAUAUGUCCUGAUCGAACACAGGGGUGUAACCCAGAGAUGGAGGUAGAGUCACGUUUUAAAACAUUCCUUUCCCAAGGCUUCGUUUCGGUGACAGGAGAAGAGAAGGACAGGGUUCCUAUCACUAUUCUCCGAGACACCGGGGCACAUCAGUCUUUUAUGUUAGAUGAUGUGUUGCCACUGUCGGAUAAAACCGCCUACCACACAGAUGUGUGGUGGGGAAUUGAAAUGAGUGUUCUUUGUGCACCACUCCACCGGGUAUGUCGCCGUAAGACAACAGUUGCCGUUUAAAGGUGUGUCGUUUAUUUUGGGCAAUGAUUAGGCCGGAGGGAAAGUUUUUCCACCGCCUGAAGUGAUGGAUACCCCUGUUGCUACCACCUCAGAUGUUAUUGAUCUGAAAGCGACAGUGUUUCCCGUUUGCACUGUUACGCGGGUGCACACAUUUGCUGAUGUCGUUAGUAUCGCAGAUACGUUUGUGGCUAUGGAGCAAAAGCCCUUUGUAGGGGAGAAAGACCGUAUGAAACAGGAACGCAGUUUGAUAAAUCUAAUGCCGGAAUUGGGCGGAGAUGUGAAUAAAGAAGCUUUGGUAAGCGCUCAGAAAAAUGACAAGUCUUUGAGUUCCUGUUUUGCAGCCGCUGUCACUGCUGGGGAAAGCAUCCUUCCUCAUUUUUUCCUGCAGGAUGGCGUGUUAAUGAGGCGGUGGUCCUCAGAUCAGCAUGAAACAUUGAGUGUUACACAGGUGGUGGUACCAUCCCAGCAUCGUGAUCAGGUGCUAAGCUUAGCACAUGACGCCGGCAUGGCUGGGCAUCUCGGAAUAAAUAAAACUUAUUACCGAGUGCUGCACAACUUCUUUUGGCCUGAUUUAACAUGUAGCUGAUUACUGUUGGUCUUGUGCCACCUGCAAGUUGGUGGGCAAACCCAAUAAGCCCAUUCUGCCUGUGCCAUUAUCUCCUAUUCCAGUAAUGGGUGAACCUGUCUAAAGUCUUUGCACAGGUUGUUAAAGAACUACAUGCCAAGCAUGUUACAUCUAUCCCAUAUUACCCCGAGAGUCAAGGUGCUUUGGAAAGGUUCCACCAAACUCUCAAAGUUAUGUUACAUAAGUAAGAGUCUGUUUAGAGUCUGGUAAAGAGUGGGAUGGGGGUUGCCCCUAUUGUUGUUUGCCAUUAGAGAGGCUAAACAGCAGUCCCGCUGUUUUCGGACAUGUGGUCCGAGGCCCUCUCCGACUUCUGAGGGAAAACUGGCGGAGACCCCGGACGAGCAGUGUAGUGUUCUUAACUACGUGAGUCAGCUUCAAGAUAGACAUCGGCUAGCGUGGCAAAUAGCCGGGGAAAACCUGAAGCAAGUGCAAACUAAAAUGAAAUCUCGAUUUCACAAAAAAUCUGUGGAUAGAAGUUUUCAACCAGGGGCCAAAGUGUUCAUGUCAUUGCCUGUGGUGGUGUCCAGUUUACUAACGCAGUUUGCUGGUCCUUACAGUGUUGAACGUAAACUCGACAAUAACAACUAUGUGAUUCGCACUCUAGCUCGGCAGCGAAAAACCAGAGUUUGUAAUGUGAAUAUAUUGAAACUGUUCUAUCCACUUGAACAAAAUACAACAGCGCCUCCGGUGUGCGCUGUUGCCAUCCUCCCCGCUUACAAACCAUCGGAUAAUGGAUUAUCUGGGAGUGAUGACGCAAAGGGAAAUAAUGCAGAGAGAAGUCAAUUCUCUCCGAGAGCACGGCUUAGCCGUUCCAAGUGCUAGCGCAUGGAGCUCUCCAUGUGUGUUAGUGCCAAAGUCUGACAAUACUCCUCGAUUCUGUACAGAUUAUCGAAAGGUAAAUGCGGCCACUAAAGCCGACUCUUUCCCAUUACCUUGGAUGGAUGACUGUGUUGAUCAGGUUGGAUCCGCUACUUAUGUGACCAAAUUGGAUUGAUGAAAGGGAGACUGGCAGGUUCUUUUAACUGCUAGAGCGUCUGAGAUCUCAACAUUCAUUACCCUGAUCACUUCCUUCAGUAUACAGUGAUGUCCUUUGGCUUGCGUAAUGUGCCAGAUUUCAGCGCCUGAUGCCUAAGGUUUUGGUCGGAGUACCUAACUGUGAUGCCUACUUAGAUGAUGUGGUCAUCUAUUCUGCUUCCUGGAGUGAUCAUCUCCAAACCCUCUUAACUGUUUUUAAAUGUUUUGAGGAAACAUUGCUCACCGUAAAUAUGACCAAAUGUGAGUUCGAAAAGCAACCAUCACCUACCUUGGAAAGCAGGUGGGUCAAGGGCGAGUGUGCCCCGUGACCGCGAAGGUAGAGGGUAUUAUUUUGUUUCAGAUUCCACAAACAAGGAGGGCGUUACGCCGCUUCUUAGGAAUGUGUGGCUACUACCGAGGUUUCUGUAAAAAUUUUACCUCCGUAGUCGCUCCCCUGACUGACCUGGUCAGCCCGACCAAACCCUUCAUAUGGACUACGGUGUGCCAAACUGCUUUUAAGUCAGUGAAGACUUUAUUGUGCAGUGCCCCAGUUUUAGCAGCACCUAACUUUGUAUCUCCUUUUAAGUUGGAGGUUGACGCCAGCGCAACUGCAGCGGGGGCAGUCUUGCUGCAGGCAGAUCAACACAGAGUGGACCGUCCGAUCUGCUCUAUCUUAUCCCAGGAAGGCAAGGUCCAGUCCAAAAAGGCUAGGCAGCGCCUGUACCAUCUUUGACAACUGAGGAAGUUCGGGGUCUCUCCAGUGAUCCACAGGAUUUUCUAUGCAGAAGUUACUGAAAUCCAGGAAAUGAAGGAAACAUAGCUUGUACAUCUCAGUCAGCAGUGGAGUACGUCAGGAGGGCCAGACUCAACCUGGUGAGAACAUUAAAGAGGCUCACUGCUGUGAUUGUGGAGAAUCUGUACCAGAGAGGAGUUUUCUCAGAGGAAGAAGUCAGUAAAAUAAAGACAGAUGGUGGCGACUUUGACAAAAGGAGAAGAACUGUGGACUCUGUCAUCAAAAAGGGGGAAGCAGCUUGCUAUGAGUUUCUCAGGAUUAUUGACAUAAUAAAGAGAUCCACAGAAAGCUCAGUCUGUUCUGGAAAAUACAGAGACAGACUCUUCUUUGAAAGACGAAUUUGACCUGAGCUACUGGAUCAGCUGCUUUUCCUUCAAGGAGGACACCAACAUGGAUGUAACGUAUUUACAAGGGCCCAGCCCGUGCCACAGAUACCAGCAAAAGCUGAAAUCAGAAACUCAAAAGAUUUCAGAAAGAUCAUGGAUCCAAAGUAAAGCAGUCCUGUUCAACAAGGAGACAUCUUUGUCGUACACUUCACUUGUGUUAGACACACAAGGACAGGCUUCACCAUCCAAAAUAAAAAAGUCAAAGAUCAAAAAAAGCAGGAAGGUUCGUACUAAAAAACUAAAGGCCUACAUACCUGAGGACAAACAGGAAACUUCCCCCAGUGAACUGCUGAAAACGUAUGAAAGAAAAAUCCUUUUGGUAGGAAAACCUGGAACUGGGAAAACGGCUGUGGUCCAUCAGAUGUUGAAACUAUGGUCAGAGAAAGACAACAAGGAUCUAGAUUACAUGUUCUACUUUGAUAUGAGAGAAACACCCAACAUCACAGAGGUCCAUAAACUGGAGGAUCUUCUCUUCAGUGUGUUCAAUGAACCAGAUGAAGGCAAAGACAAAGUCUUAGAGGACAUAAAGAAUAAUGCUGACAAUGUUACUAUCAUUUUUGAUGGCGUUACAGAUAUCCCCUCUACUUCUGUGGUGUUUAAGCUCAUACAGAAGACUCUUCUACCUGAAGCAAAGAUCAUCAUCACCUGCAGACCAGAGGUGGAGUCAGCAGACUUCCUGUUAGGUUGGGACUGUCUCAGAGUGGAAGUGAAAGGCUUCAGUGAGCAGGGCAUCAGAGAAUACUUAUCCAAGUAUCUGAGUGAGGAACACUUCAACAAAGUUUUGUGUAACUUGGAAUUAUUCUCUCUGUGCCACGUCCCCAUGUACGCUCUGAUGGUGGUUGCCUGCUUUAGUUUUGAGGGCUCAGAGUUCUCUCCACAUCCCUGCACAGUUACAGAAAUAUACCUCAAUAUCCUCCAUUUCUGCAUUCAGAGAAAUGUUUGCAAGACAUCUGAAAAUGAAAGCACUAAAUGGGAUGCAGUACUGUCUUUAUCUGAGGCUGCUUUUUGUGCAACAGAAGGAAAAAAUGUGAACCUGAAAUCACUGCCCAAAUUAGAAAGCUGUGCUUAUUUAGCUUUUUUGAGCAGGAGUGUAUCUCAAGUCAGCUCAACUGCAAAGAAACCCUUGUGUGCCUUUCUCCACUACACUGUUCAAGAGUUUUUUGCAGCACUGUGGGUCUUGAAGGAUCCAGAACGGACCAGAAGUGUUGUCCAACAGUGUCUGACUGACAACAUCAAACACAUGAAACACUUAGUCCCCUUUUUGUGUGGACUGUUAAAUGAUAAAAACACUGAUUUGCUAGAAAGUCUGAUUCCUUCUCAGCAGCUCAGAGAAACAUCUGGCUGGUUCUUCAAACACUUGGUGACCACCUUUGUAGAUCGUAGUGACACUGAGGACUGUGAAAUAGACUUGCUGUUCUUAUGUCAGUGUCUCUAUGAGUCUCAGUCUGCUGAAGCCUGUGUUUAUCUUCUGGAUAAACUGGACUACUGUCUUGAUCUGAGUGGGGAGACUCUCGAUCCUCAGCAAUGCUAUGCUGUGUCCUAUAUAAUCAGCCAGAGUAAGGAGAGGAAAAUACAGCUGAACUUGGAAAAGACAAAAGUAUCAAAACAAGGAAUAAGACCAUUACUAGGAUGUCUGAGCAAACUCCAAAGUUUCCAGUUAUCAUGGCAGCUUUGGACCAUUUGUCUUCUCAGCGAGGUGGAGGUGGAUUACAUCAGCUUACUUUGCUUUGCUGAGAACCAGCUGCACCUUUCAGUAAACAGUCAGCCACAACUCUAUGACCAAGCUGGAAAAGUCCUGCAGAAAAGUGCAGAGAAGGUUAAAGUCUGCCUCCACUGGGAUCACAGAAGUUCUGUUGACCAAUCUGUCAGCGAGUUUCUCUUACAGUUUUUACCCAACAUCCACUCACUCAGUGUUGAUACAAAGACAUCAGAUGAAGACAGAAUCAGGUUCUUUGUGAAUCUGUUCUGUGCAGCAGCAGAGAGAGAACAGCAGACAGGAGAGAAGAUACUGGAGCUGUUAUCAUCAGUGUGCAGAUUUGAUACAUUCCCUGUUAAUGAGAGAGACAUGGAUGAUGAUUUGGAGAACUAUCAGUGUGACUUCCUGCUGGAUCUGUGCUCCCAUGUGAAGGACUGUGAGACUAAAACAGGCUUGAGUGUCCUUCCAUCAUUACAGUCAGUUUUCCAGUCAGCUCCUGCAGUCUGGUCCAUAAACCUCUCAGAGAGAAAGACCUCCAUCCUCCUGGAAGUGCUGAAACUCCAACCAGAGAAGAAACAAGUGGAGCUGACAGGCUGCUCACAUGAAGAGAGUGAAGUGAGGAGUUUCCUGCAGUGUCUGCCUUAUAUCUCACAGCUCAGGCUUUCCAUCGACAUGUCCUUGCUCCUGUUUCAGUGGGUAAGAAGAGGCAGAGUGGUCUGUCCACUGGCUGUGGAAGAGCUUUCUCUUGUGCCUAAGAAAGCUCGACCAUCACAGAGAGUGAUGUUGAGGGCUGUCAGUAGUUUGGCUUCCCUGCUGAGAUACUGGACAGUCGGACGGUUGGACCUGACUGAGAGCUGCAUCCCUGCUCAGGGUCUGAUUACACUGCUGCUCCAUGAUGGUCCUCUAACAGUCAAACUGAGUGAAGAGAGCUUCCAGCAGCUUCUGUGUCUCCUCCAUGAAAUCCAGGACAAGGACUUGACGUUGUCCUUCUUCAGUAAGGUUGGUGGAGACCUGACCUCCUGCUGUCUGAACUGGGAGCUUCUUCACUAUCUGCUGCAGCAGGCGUCAGCUCAGACCAUCACUGUGAACCUGAGGAAGAACCUCUUCUUACAGGAGGAAACCACACGUCUGCUUCCCUUUCUGGACAGGAUUGUGUUUAAAAGGCCCAGUCCCAGCUUUGUGAUGAGCUCCAUCAGAGAGCUCUACAGAGCUCAUGACAGUCACGCUGUGCCCAGUUUACUGAGGUCACUUGGUCAUGUGAUCAACCUGAGCUGCAGAGAGCUGGACUCAGUGGACUGUGCUGCUCUGAUCUUCAUCCUCAAACACGGAGACAGAGUCAAACUGAACCUCCUGUGGACCUCCAUACCAGCAGAGGGAGCAGAGUCCAUCCUCUUCAUGCUGGACAACGUUUCUCAUCUCAGUGUUGACAGGAAUCAGCUGCUGAGGUUCAUCCACUGCUGUGCUGCCUGUGACGUCCAGCAGGAGGCAGCGUCAGGCCUGCUGAGGACUCUGCAGCACAGCUUGGAUCUGUCCUGCUCCUCCUGUGUGGAGCUACCAGAGGAGGAUCAGCCUGAGCCUCUGAGUCUGACUGCUGAUGACUGCAGGGCCGUCUCCACCAUCCUGACACACAGCAGCCGGGACACACAGCUCGACCUGCGAGACUGUGAGGUGGAGGACAGCGUGCUGGACCUGCUGUUUCCUGUCCUCCACAGAGUCCGCCUCAGAGUCAGUAAAACUGUCCUCGUCCAGCUGCUGUCUCUGGUUCCUGUGAACAGUGAGAGGGACACAGUGAGGCGGGCGGUGUCCCUGUGUAGAGCCCUGGGUGGAGAGCUGGAUCUCAGUCACAGCACGCUGGAUCAGAGGGUCUGUGGGGCUUUGGUCCAGAUGCUGGACUCGUGUGAAGGGCUGACAGAGCUGGACCUCAGUCACUGUCAGCUCACUGACCAGCUGCUGCUCCCUCUCAUCACACAUCUGCACAAAGUCCAAGUCCUGGAUCUGAGUCACAAUCAGAUCACUGAUGCUUCGACUGAUGUGUUACUGCAGCUGCUCUCCAUCAACCCCUCCAUCGACUGUGUGCGACUCUACAGCAACAACAUCGUGCACAGAGCAGCCUUCAAGGAACACAAGCAGUUUGAGAUAUGUCUGAGUCACAAUCAGAUCACUGAUGCUUCGACUGAUGUGUUACUGCAGCUGCUCUCCAUCAACCCCUCCAUCGACUGUGUGCGAUCAGAGGAGGAGCAAACAAAGGAACUUGAAGUGGAGAUGCUGGAAAUCCAGGCGGCAGCUUCAUCAAUAGAUGACUCUGAGGUCAAACCGGGUCCAACUACACCAGACAUAAAUCCCAAAGAUGUGAAGAAGCUUCCAUCCAGUUCAUUACCUGAAGUAAAAAAUGAAUGUUGCACAAAUCUCCUACAGUAA